GAUGAUGAUGAUGAGGCAGGGCAACUAAACCAAAGACCAAAGUUCUUAGACUUGCCUAUGAAGUUGCUUUCAAAAUUAGUAUUAGAAACGGAGUCUUUGUUUGCAUGCCUUUCUUUAACUCUGUUCACAAAAAAGUCUAUUUUUCAAAAUCCCUCCUUUGAUGCCUGCCUUCAGUUUUUUUCUAAACUAAAUUUAUUUGGAACAAACAGAAAUUGCUUGAAAUACAGAUUCAUACAUGUAUUCAUUUCUGUCUUUGUAGAGAAAAUGACCUCUAUAAAAAAUCUGGCCAGGAUUGCAAUCAUUUUAUAUGCCAUAUGCUUUUUUACAAACUCUGAUGGAAGACCAAUGAUGAAAAGAUCAGUGAGUGAGAUGCAACUAAUGCAUAAUCUUGGAGAGCAUAGACACACCAUAGAGAGACAGGACUGGCUUCAGAUGAAACUGCAGGAUGUGCACAGUGCCCUUGAAGAUGCUAGGACCCAGAGACCUCGAAACAAGGAUGAGAUUGUGCUGGGUGAGAUAAGAAGUCGAAGGCUGCUUCCUGAGCAUUUGCGGGCAGCAAUGCAGAAGAAAUCCAUCGAUGUGGACAAAACUUACAUGGAUGUACUCUUUAAAACAAAGCCAUAAUGGAAAAAGUCAGAGCGUUAUAUCUGUCCAAGUAAGCACAUGUCUCUAUACGAUUGAUCAAGUAGGGCAUUUUAUUAUUAUUUAUUCAGACUGCAAUAAGGAUUAAAGGCACCAUUCAAGGUUGUAGCCCUGUUGACCUAGACAUUUCACAACCAAAUAGUAAAAUGUGUUUGCAAUUUCUGGGUAUCUUUUAUAUGGCUAAUGUAUCUUAGAAAUUUCUGGUAUAAAAAAGAAAAAGAAAUCCAAAACAGCAGGAAAGUUGCAGACAUUUAAGACCAGUUCUACUGCUUUUACAUGGACGGUAUUUGUAUGUAAUCACUAGGCCUACUCCUACUGUUAACUAACGCUGAUUAAAUGCAGUAGAACCUGUCUACAGAAUAGGGCGCUAUUUUGCCAAAGGUUAAAUUUUGCUUAACUUUGCACUAAUGAAAAUAUGUAAACUUAAAUCCACAAUUAUUUUUCGAAGACGGCCUAAAAUCAGAUUAACUUUAAUUACAUAGCAAAAGCUGAAUGUUAAGCAUUUAGGAUUAAAGAAUGCAAACAUAAAGUAGGAAGGUGAAGUUUGAGAUGAAAUUACAGUGGGAUAAAAUUAAAACAAAAUCUGUAUGAAAUAGGAGGAUGGAAUUUUGCAAAAUACUGAAAUGAAGGGAAGGUUUCAUUGCCUCCCCCUCUUCCAAAAGAUGAUAACCUAUAAUUAAUAGCAGAAACACUGGGAGCAGAGAAAUUAGCAUGUGGUUAAGCAUGGCCCCUAACUAUAAAACUGGCAAAUUAUUGUAUAUCAGACAAUUACAAUUGAAACAAAAGUCUUGCAAUAUGUAUUUUUUGUCCCUCAUUUUCACUGUAAACUAUAUCUGAAUUUCUGUAUGUUGUACUAGGCCUCCUGUGUAAAUAUUUUUUUUUUGUGAGACCAGUGGCUCUCAUAAAUAAAAUGCAUUUUUAUAUGCUAAUUUUUUAGAAUUAGGAAUUCAGUUUGCAAAGUCCCCAAAAAUGAGAACCAGGAAUCAGCUUGGGAGAAGAACCAUUAGCUGGUAGGACUAUAACAGAAUCAGACAUAAACAGCAUAAAUAGGGGUGGAAAAAAUUCAAUUAUGAUAAUAAUUUUUAAAAGUAGCAAAUAAAAAAAUAUUUCAAAUGGUAUAUGCACAUCUUCUUAGGACCUUCAAUCAUUUCUGACUAACAAUGUUUUCUCAGUAGGGAUAAUGGUGGUUACCUCCAAAUUUGCCAUUGCCAGAGCUCAAAUCUAGACGAAUUGCUGCUCUAAGCCAAACAGUUUGCAUGGAUGUUCCGGUACCAUUUUGUAUUUCUUUGUUUGAUGUCUAGCACACCUUGGGAAACCUAGUAAAAAAUCAUAAAUUAUUACAAAUAUAAAUGCAAUUUUCUGGAAGCUAGAAAGGUACUUGUAACUAGCAAAGUGUAGUUCAUAAUCUUGGCUAUACUUUUAGUAGUGUAGAGGCUCUGAUGCUGCAAGCAGAUGGUACAUCUGUGCACAUCAGUGCCCUCUCACACAUAGGCAAAGGUUCCAUGCUACUUGCCUCUUUGUAGAAUCAAGGCCUUGAAGUGCACUUUCUAUUUAUUCUUUCAUCAGACAUCUGUGCUAACUUAAAUGAAAUUGCAUUUUUGUACUUAUGUCUCACUUAUAUAUUACCAAAUAAAGUGGACCAAAAGCUCUUGGACAUUAUUUUAAAGCAUAAUAACUGACUGAUGUGUAACUAUUCUGAUAUAAUUUAGCAUUUGGAGCAAGGUUAUUAAGCCAUCUUACUUUAUUAGAGCAAUAUAAAUACAAAAAUAAUGAUAAAAGCA